GAGAGAGAGAGAGAGAAAGAGGUGGGUGAGGGGGGCAGACAUCAUCGGAAGGAGGGAGACACGGCUCAAAGUGGAGUCUGCAGAAGCCAACUGGAGGAGAGGAAAAACCAACUCGGACUCAUAACUGCAUGCCAGACGCAACGCAAGCAACGACUCCGUCACACUAAAAUAGAUUUUGCUAGGGCCCAAAGGAUAAAUUACGAGGCAGAAAUGAAUAUCAGACAACUCCCAGCGGUUUGCACCUAGAGAAAGACAGGAAGAACCCACUAACAACCCGACCCAAUCCAAACAACGCCUCCAGAAGGAAAAGAGGAAAACCAGGACAAGAGGACCCCCUGAGAAGAGAGACAAGCACGCUGAGCCUGCAGGGCGUCUGCAAACCGAGUGUGCAGCGGCCCAAGCAGCACUCUGCUGCUCUUCGGACAUUAAUUACAUCCUUCACUUUCCAUUUGGGGGAGGGUGAGGAGGAAGGCAUCACCUACAUUAAGUGAAGACGCCCUACCAGCGUGGGAGAAGUUUAAGAAUGAGCCACUGAAUGUUUUCCUUUUAUUUUAAAAUUUACCUUGGCACUUAAAAGACUUCAUUUUCAGCUAUCUGGCCAAUCUUGACUGCUGCAGACAUCGAACCUCUGGGUAACCUGAACUUCUGUCUGCCUCACCGUCCCUCCACCCAUCUCUCCUAAAAAGUGCCAUCCUUAUUUCACUCAUCAAGAGAAAGCAAGAAAGUCCGAGUAGGUAUUUACGUUUUUCCAAAAAUCACAUUCUCUAUAAACUUCUGAAGAAGAAAGAAGGAGGAAGGAGGAAGGAGGAGGAGGAGGGGAAGAAGAAAAGGUUUCCAAAGAGGGAAAAGCAAAAGGGAGCCGGCUACAGCAUCAGCCGACCAGCCCAGGUGGAAACCGAGAGUGAAAGUGGGGUUUUGGGGAGCGCACCGCCUUUCCACAGCCGCAGGGCCACCACUAGUGCGUGAGCCUUGGAUCCCUCAACGUAUUGCGAGACGCCGGUGUACAGCCCGGACCUGUGCCCCAACAUGAUCGCCGCUCAGGCCAAGCUGGUUUACCAGCUCAAUAAAUACUACACCGAGCGCUGCCAGGCGCGCAAGGCGGCCAUCGCCAAGACCAUCCGAGAGGUCUGCAAGGUGGUUUCGGACGUGCUGAAGGAGGUGGAGGUGCAGGAGCCGCGCUUCAUCAGCUCUCUGAGCGAGAUCGAUGCCCGCUACGAGGGGCUGGAGGUCAUCUCGCCCACCGAGUUCGAGGUGGUGCUCUACCUAAACCAAAUGGGCGUCUUCAAUUUCGUGGACGACGGCUCGCUGCCGGGCUGCGCCGUGCUCAAACUCAGCGACGGGAGGAAGCGGAGCAUGUCUCUCUGGGUGGAGUUCAUCACUGCGUCCGGCUACCUCUCAGCCCGCAAGAUACGCUCGCGCUUCCAGACGCUGGUCGCCCAGGCGGUGGACAAGUGCAGCUACCGGGACGUGGUCAAGAUGAUCGCCGACACCAGCGAGGUCAAGUUGCGCAUCAGGGAGCGCUACGUGGUGCAAAUCACCCCCGCGUUCAAGUGCACCGGGAUCUGGCCUCGCAGCGCUGCACAGUGGCCCAUGCCGCACAUCCCCUGGCCCGGCCCCAAUCGCGUGGCGGAGGUCAAGGCCGAAGGGUUCAACUUGCUCUCCAAGGAGUGCUACUCGCUGACCGGCAAGCAGAGCUCGGCGGAGAGCGACGCCUGGGUGCUGCAGUUCGGCGAGGCGGAGAACCGCCUGCUGAUGGGCGGCUGCAGAAACAAGUGUCUCUCGGUCCUGAAGACGCUGCGGGACCGCCACCUGGAGCUGCCGGGCCAACCGCUCAACAACUACCACAUGAAGACGCUGCUGCUGUACGAGUGCGAGAAGCACCCGCGGGAAACGGACUGGGACGAGGCGUGCCUGGGCGACCGGCUGAACGGCAUCCUGCUGCAGCUCAUCUCCUGCCUGCAGUGCCGCCGCUGCCCGCACUACUUUCUGCCCAACCUCGACCUCUUCCAGGGCAAGCCACACUCGGCCCUGGAGAGCGCUGCCAAGCAGACCUGGAGGUUAGCCAGGGAAAUCCUCACCAAUCCCAAAAGCCUGGACAAACUAUAGGGUGCUUCAGACUGCGUGGAAAAGCGACAGAACGGGCGUGCUCUCCCGGAACACCCAAGGCGCACAGCCACAAACAGCAAAAACUCUAGGCACAAACUUUUAUGUAAAUCACCUACAAGAAA